GAUUAUUAUUAAAGAAUAAAGUGAAACUCAAGUGAAAGUUUUUGAUGAUAGAUUUAAAGUGGGCGAUUGGUCUAAAUCGGUUCAUGCUGAAAAUCAUCGGAUUGUGGCCACCGGACAAUCGGGAUCCUCAUGUCACCAUAAAAUCGAAAAUUCGGCUACUGUGCAGCAUUAUCAUAAUGCUUUUCAUACUGACAAUACCAACUUUUGCGUCGCUAAUAAAAAUAUGGGGCAACAUGAUGCUAAUGAUAGAUAAUUUGAUAUACAGCCUCUCACUGUUGAUUGCUCUAUUCAAAGUUUUCAUUAUUUGGUACAAACAAGAAGAUUUAGUGCUUCUGAUUGAUAUGAUCGCGAUAGACUGGAUGAAACCAAAGAUAAAAGAGGAGCGGGAUAUUAUGUUAAAGCUUACAAAUAUCAGUCGUAUGAUUGCUAUAUAUGGAUGGUUCCUGCCGUUCAUUUCAACAAUGAUUUGUAUCACCCUUCCAUGUUUUGGACGGACUAUCAGAUACGUAACAAAUUUGACAGACCCUGGAAAACCGAUGAUGGUACAAACAUACUAUUUACACGACGUUUCCAAGAGCCCGCAGUUUGAAUUGACGCUUUUGGCCCAAGGAAUUGCUCUGUGCACAACGUGUAUCUCUUAUUAUUCGAUCGACCAUUUCCUCGGACUAUUAGUCUUGCAUGUAUAUGGCCAAAUGGAAAAUCUGCAUAUCCGACUGACACAUAUGGAGCGAUAUACGAACUUUGAUUCAGUUUUGAAAUACAAUGUCCAAGAUCACAGCCGCUUAAUUAGAUCCAUUCAAAUCAUCGACGACUCAUUCGAUUUGUUAUUGAUUGCCAUAGUAUUAUAUUUCGAUAUAAUAUUCUGCCUACUAGGAUUUUUCAUAAUUAACGUUCUUAAUGACGACGGCCAAUUGCCAUUGAUGCAAUUAGUUUGCGUCGUUGGAGCCAUCAUAUCCGUUUUGUUGCAUAUGUGUCUUUACUGCGUCGUUGGCGAAAUUCUGGUUACGCAAUGUGAAAAGAUUCAUCGUGCCGCAUACGAAUAUGCGUGGUACACUUUAGAUCCAAAAGCAGCGAGGAGCCUAAUUUUAAUAAUGUUGCGCGCAAGCAAACCACUGUAUAUCACGGCUGGGAAGACAUUUCCCAUGACGAUGGCAACGUUUUGCAACUUGUUGAAAACAUCAGCAGGUUAUAUAUCAGUCUUGCUUGCCAAUCAAGAUUAACGGUGAUAAUAAGAACCUUAUGUUCAAACUUUAACAGUCGUUUACUAAAAUAAUUCUCAAAUAAUGAAAUAUCGCAAGUGAA